AUGGAAGACGAAGUGAUGCAUGAAGACGUAGCAGACUCAACCACCAAGGCCACUUCCACUUCCACUUCCACUUCCCCAUCUCGCUCGCCAGACUCCGCCGGUGCCGGACCUCCUUCCUCCGGUGACCGGAAAUACGAGUGCCAGUACUGUUGCAGAGAGUUCGCAAAUUCACAAGCACUUGGUGGGCACCAGAACGCGCACAAGAAAGAGCGUCAACAACUCAAGCGUGCGCAGUUACAAGCCACGCGAAACGCCGCCGUUUCGUUCGUGCGAAACCCAAUCAUCUCCGCCUUCGCCCCUCCGCCGCACCUGCUGGCUCCGCCGGGGACCGUGGUGGUCCCGGCGGCUCCGCCCUCGUGGGUGUACGUGCCGCCACGUGCCGCGCCUCCUCCCUUCCACGUGUCAGUUUCACACGGUUGUGCGUUCCCGUCGGCGAAUAACAGUGCUUUGAGUUGUAAUAAUAAUGGUAACGUCACCAUAACGGGUGUGAAAUCAGCGGGUGCAGGGAUGUUUCCCUACGUUGGCGUUGUAGGAGAUUCGUCAUCCCCUUUGUCAACGUUGCAGGUACAGGCCAGGGCCCACCACGCUAGGAUUGAUGGGCCCUCUUUGAGUAGGUUCUCCAAAGCAGACAGUGGGCCCAGUUUGGAUGAUGCAUGGGGCUUGGACUUGCACCUUAGCCUUGCCCCAGCUGCGCCGUGA